AUGGCGACCACCCCGCCCCCACCGUCACCGUCGGCCUUGCGGAUUCCCGCUGCACCGCGUCAUGGUGCUGGAUAUGACACAUUCGAGCCAUAUCCCACCCGGUCCUCAGCGAGAUUAGCAGGUCAGCGCGCUUCAAAAUCAAAAGAUGCGACUCAGCCAAUUUGCCCAGGUUCACCCAGCAAAGGCCAAUCGAAAGGAUCACCAAGAAAGUAUCGAAAGAUGGAAGAAGCAACUAUAUCACCACCAGGAAGUCAUCCGAUGUCCAGAAAUGCUGAGAGAGGCACCCAGGCUAGUGCCGGAAAUUACCGCCAACCUGAUCCUCAACCUUCUGGACGCGUUUCUGGAUCUCACGCUCUUCCUACACCUGCGAAAACACCGUCAAAGAAGAAAAUCACCUCUGAUCUUUCAGCAACUGCUCGUACAUUAUUUCCAUCUGCCAAAAUGUCAAAGGGGCGAUUUUCUAUUGACGUCGAGGACGCGUCUCCGGGACCUCAGAGCAUCCAAAUUUACACUGAUUCGCGGGACCGUAUCCCUAAGCCGCCAGCUACCCCGCAGAAUCCCUUCUUUCACCCUUCUGACCGUACCAGUGAUGAUGAUUCUACGGGUAUUCUUGACCCUAUGACUUGUCCUACUCACAAACUACUUCGCCUGGGUCGAAAUGAUGAAAUGACAUACAACUUCCGUGGUAAAAAAGUCACCAAGCACUAUGAUGAUGAGGAUGAGGAUGAAGAAGAUGAUCCCAAUGAUCUGUGUCUGUUCGCUGGUCGUGAGCACCUACUGCCUGAUCCUUCUGUGCUACAUAAUUUGAAGCCGCUUCGCCGCAAAGACAUCUUACCUCGCCAGCUCUGGCCUGACGAUGGUCCGGUUCCGCCUAAGGAAACGAACCAAGUCAAGCCUACUGAAGAGCUGACCGUUGAAGAUGAAGCCACGGACGAAGAGGAUGCCGUGGAGACCAGGGAGACUGGUGCCAAACUGCAUGGUAUCACCUCUCCGCCACCUGAGGUUCCUUCCUCACCUCGUGCCGUGCGCAACUUGCGUUCUCAGGCCCGUCGUCAUGUCGAUGCUGGUGUAUCUCCCUCAAAGCAGGGAGCUGGUUCAAAUCAACCACGCACUCCUUUCCACAACUGGCUGCGCAAGAAGAAAAGUGCUGAUGAACAAACUUCUGUCACUCCUACCAAGCGUGAGGCUGAGGUCACUCCUUUAAAACGCGAGGCUGAUGACGCUCCCGGGUCCCUUCCUGGUCCUAAGAGAACGCGUGCUACUACUCGUCAGACUCAGAGCGCCUGA